CCAAAUUGGUUUGGUAAGUAGCCUGCAGCACCUGAACACACUUGAAUAUGGUGCAUUCCAGUUUGAUCACCCCAAGAAACACCAUGAGUAUGAAGUGGUUUGCAUCUUUAUCUGUUUUAAUUCUACUCCAGACUUCCAAGACUGAGAGUCAAGAUGUACGAGUGAAGCUUUGUGGUCGUGAGUUCAUUCGGAUGGUGGUCACAUCAUGUGGAAGCUCUCGACUCAAACGGAACGCGCCUGAUUCAGACCUUCACUUUGCAAACCCUCAUAGGAAUCUACAAAACUGGCUCGACAGAGAUCUCGUUGCGCACCAGAAAGGGACCCUGACUGCUGAGGACGAGCAGUGGAGGGAGCGUGACUCCCCUGAGAGCGUGACAGAGCGUCCAGCCCCCCAUCAGCACACAAGCCCACCAGCAGAGCUUCUGGAACACUCCACCACUGUGCAGGAUCUCAGCAUGUCCUCCAGGACCCGCCGUGAUGUGGGGCCAGCGGGAGUCUGCUGCACUUCAGGAUGUACCAUGAGUGAACUGAUUCAAUACUGCUGAGGACGGAUAUAGAGCUCACAUGUCUUCUGUCCUCAAGUACUUCUGAAGCUGCAUGUGGUACUUUAAAUUAUGCUUCAUUAAACACUGUAUCUACCAUUAUGGUAACCUUUCUUCAUUUAUGAACAUUAGGUACCUAACAUGAACUAAAAAUUAAAAUACUUCCAAAGCAUUUAUUUAUUUUGUUAAUUUUAAGUUAAAAGUGAAUUUUAGCAUUCGCUUAUACACUGUUAUAAUCAAAAAGUUGUAACUGUUGAUAAAGCCUAUGGUUUAACAGACCUGAGCUAACAUGAACUAAAAAUGAACAUUAUUUUUUAUUAAUAAAUACUGUAAAAAAUGUA